GGUAUCAUACAAAAUGUUUAAACAAUAAUAACAAUGGCUAGUGGGCUCGAUAGUUAUGCGUGCAGUGACAUUACGACAUUGGAAGAACAAGAAUUUAAUGAGAAAUGGAGCAGAUUUUCCGAUUGGCUUCAUUGCAUCUGCGUCGUAACAUUCGAUUUAGAACUUGGACAAGCUAUGGAGAGCGUCUAUCCCCCAGACGUGAAAUUGACAGAUCAGGAAAAAUGUAAUAUUUGUUAUCUAGCAUUCCCUGAUUCGAAUUCCGGUUGUAUGGGAGACACUCAGUUUCAUGUGAGACUACGGUCCCGAACUCCACUUACGCCCCAACAAUUGAUUUACAACGAAGAAAGUGUUCCAACGCUACGCGCUGAUUCGACGCACUACUGGGGCUUCGUAUAUUUUCGUCAAGUUAAGGAUUCUUCGUUACCGCGAGGAUAUUUCCAGAAAAGCAUAAUAUUACUAACGCGUUUGCCAUUCAUAAAUUUAUUUUAUAAGGUUAUACAAUUAAUAGCUCCAAAACAUUUUGAAGAAGGUGAGAGUAGUUUAGAAGCAGCCUGUCAUGAUAUAAAUAGGUGGCCCAUACUCGAUGCUGGUCAGAAUACACUCCUACCUGUAUUGGGCAGUGUUUUUCAGUCCUACAUACCUAAUCAACAGACUGGAAAAGUUUCAAGGUCAGAUAUAAUAAAGCAAGUGCAUUCACCUAGUGUUCCACACAUACUAGUUUCAAUUCAAGAUGUUAAUGUAUUUGAUGCUUUAUCUAGUCUAAUAUCGCAUCUGCACUUACUAUGGGAACUUGUACUAACUGCAGAACCUAUUGUAGUCAUAGCCAGUUCUCCGACCGAAUGCUCUGCUUUGGUACAAGCAUUGACAUAUCUCAUCCAACCUUUGCCAUAUGCUGCAGAGUACAGACCUUAUUUCACAAUACAUGACAGUGAAUUCAAAGAGUUUACUCGCAAACAAUUUAACCCACCUUGCGUAAUAUUAGGUGUUACAAAUCCAUUCUUUACUAAAACAUUGCAACAUUGGCCUCACACUAUCAAGUUAAGUGACACAACUUCCAUCAAAACAAAAUUGAGGAAAGUAGGUAGUAUGAAGAACUUAGACACUGCUCCCGGUGUUUAUACACAGUAUAAACCAUUUUUAGAAAAAGACAAAGCCAUUAUUAAGAAACUUCAUAAUGGAAUUAGAACUGACCGACCUUCAGAAGUGCAGACAGCAAUGGUGAAGAGACAUUUACUUGAAUUGACUCAGAGCUUUAUGAUUCCCUUAGAGAGGUAUAUGGCUUCUCUAAUGCCAUUACAGAAAAAUAUUUCACCUUUCCGAGCACCUCCAAUCCCAAAUCCGUUUAACCCUGAAGAUUUCUUUGCUACAUUACAACAAGCAGGACCUCACUUGACAACUGGGAUUAAAGGUGACUGGAUUGGCCUCUACAGAAAUUUUUUCAAGACACCAAACUUCAGUGCGUGGUUCCACGAACGCCAUAGCAAUUUGACAAAUAAGUUGCAUGCUUUGCAGUUAGAAGCUUUAGCGGAGAGUGAUCUGAAGAAAUGGUCAGUUGGGAAAAAGGAAGUGGAAAUAGUUGACAUGGUUUUAAAGCUACGAGAAGUUUUGAAGAGUGACCCGCCUGUGGCCGAUAACACGCGAACAUUGUUAGCUAGAAGGCUGGAAGAUUUAAACUGUAUCCUUCCUGAAGAUAUGAAGUCUAUCUUAAAUGCAGCAUCGUGACAUACAAAAUGCUGCACCUCAGGGCUGAGAGGUUGCAGCAUCGACUGCAAAAUUCAGUUGAAAAACACUUACAAUAGGAUUGUUGCUUGUAUAUAAUAUAUUUAGCCUAAUCAAUA